UUAAAGUGUUUAGAGAGAGAGAGAGAGAGAGAGAGAGAUUGGGGGUGGAUUCGUCGACGCGCCUCGAUAAUGGACGUUCCGAAGGAUCAAAUCACUACCCUUCUUGAUCACGGUCUCUACGACUCUGCUCAGAUGCUCGGUUGCUUCCUUGUAUCUUCAUCUUCUGCUACAAAUGCUGAAACCAGUCCUUAUAUCAAGGCUGAGAACUUGGUGCUUCUUGGUGAUUCAUUGUAUGGGGAAAAGGAGUAUCGGCGGGCAUUGUAUGCAUACAAACAAGCUUUGCAGCUUUGCAAGAUUAUUCCAAAACAAAAUUCAUCUUCUAGAAGCUCGUUGUCCACAUCGAACAGGUCAUCUUCUCCAAAUUCGAUGAACAUUUCAGCAAUUAAUGAAAAUGAGGUGAAAUUCAAAAUUACUCUUUGCCAUUGUGCACUAAGUGAGAACCGUGCGGCACUUGCUGAGAUGGAGGGAAUUCCAAGCAAAUCAAGGACUUUGCGGAUGAACCUGACCAUGGGCAAGCUUUAUCGGCAUUCUAGACAUAAUCGUGCUGCAGUUGCUUGUUACAAAGAGUGUUUGAGGCAUUGCCCUUACAUACUGGAGGCUAUUACAGCUUUAGCUGAAUUGAGUGUUCCAGCCAAGGAUAUCAUUUCAUUAUUUCCUCAGACACCAAAUAGAAGCGGUAGGCCUCCAUUUGAUCAUUUUGACUCUAGCCGUUGGUUGCAGCGGUAUGUUGAGGCCCAGUGUUGCAUUGCUUCAAAUGAUUACAAAGGUGGUUUGGAGCUUUUCACUGAACUGCUACAACGUUUUCCUAAUAAUGUACACAUUUUACUUGAGAUUGCAAAGGUCGAGGCCAUUAUUGGAAGAAAUGAAGAUGCCAUUUUGAAUUUUGAAAAGGCUCGAUCCGUUGAUCCGUACAUUGUGACCUACAUGGAUGAAUAUGCAAUGCUUCUAAAGAUGAAGUCUGAUUACUCCAAGCUAAACAGGUUGGUGCAUGAUUUGCUGAAUAUUGACCCUACAAGGCCAGAGAUCUUUGUAGCUCUAUCUGUAUUGUGGGAAAGGAAAGACGAGCGAGGAGCUUUGGCUUAUGCUGAGCAGAGUCUCCGAGUUGAUGAGAGGCACAUACCAGGUUAUAUAAUGAAGGGUAACCUGUUUUUAUCACUAAAUCGACCAGAUGCAGCUGUGACUGCAUUCAGGGGAGCUCAAGAGUUACGGCCUGAUCUUCGUUCAUACCAAGGUCUAGUUCGUUCAUAUUUGGCGCUCUCUAAAGUCAAGGAGGCCCUGUAUGCUGCGAGGGAGGCAAUGAAGGCAAUGCCUCAGUCAGCAAAGGCACUUAAAUUAGUUGGUGAUGUGCAUGCUAGUAAUUCUAGUGGGAGAGAGAAGGCCAAAAAGUUCUAUGAAUCAGCCCUCCGUUUAGAGCCUGGUUACCUUGGAGCUGCAUUGGCCUUGGCUGAGCUUCAUGUUGCUGAGGGUCGAAAUGGAGAUGCUGUAUCACUUCUUGAGAGGUAUCUGAAAGACUGGGCAGAUGAUUCCCUUCACAUCAAGUUGGCACAAGUAUUUGCGGCCACGAAUUUGCUGCAAGAAGCUUUGUCACAUUAUGAGGCUGCACUGAGGAUAAACCCACAAAAUGAAGCAGCAAAAAAAGGUUUAGAGCGUUUGGAGAAACAGAUGAAGGGUGUGGAUCCAGACGCACCUGAAGAAGAUGAAGAAAAUGAAGUUGAUGAUGCUGAUGGAGAACAGGAGGAAGGUGAGCUUCUAUGAGAACGAGUAGCUAAUGUAUCUUCCUGUUCUUAAGCGCAUUGUCUCCCUUGAUUAGCCAAAAUUACUUCAUAGUACAGAAGAUGCUGCCUCUGGAAGUUUGAAGUUUUGUUACUUGGGAGGAUUCUAUAUAUUGCAUAGCCAUGCAUUGUGGAUCCUAUUGAUAGGUGAGAAAUAUUGCAUGCAACCAUGAGGAUAUGGCCUUUGGGGG